AAACUCCUCCCUUCGACGUGCUGCACUGGGACAGAUUGACUGCAGUACAUAGUGUAUUGUAGAGGAGAGGCGGAGUUUCACCUCAGCACCGAAACCAGCUGAAAAUUCAGGUGCCCGCAGUCCGUCCGUCAGUCAACUCAUGUCAGUACAGCACAGCGGACUACUGCGGGGACCGCUCACUUCUCACUACAGGAUUUAAACAAACUAAAGAAAGAGUGAAAACAACAUUAAGUCAUUAGAGCGACGGUGCUCGGGGUGUUAUGUUUAUAGUGCACAUCUUUGCCGGUGUGUUUUCUUGAGUCGUCAGUCGCUUCCGCUUUUCCGUCCAGCAGUUUGACGCCGACAUUCAGCAGGAGUCAAUAGGAAUUUUUGAUACUCAGUAAACAAUUUCACUGGACUCUGAAAGGGAAAAAGGAUUAUCAGUCAUUUUUUGUUCACGUGAGUGAAUCCUACUCAUCCUAAGGCUGAUGUUGUCCUCCAAGAGCAGCGUCUGAAACAUGGACGACCCUUUAAAGGUUGACUGAUUCCAGCUGACACCUUCACAACUAUGCUGCGAGUCACUAGAGGCCUGAUGGCCACAGUAGCCACCAACAACAAUUCCCCCACCCAGUUCAGGGAAUGAUCAAACCGUCCCGUCUAGGACAUACACAUCAAGAGGCCUCUUACAAUACAGCAGCAGAUAUCCAAAAUCCAAUGGCAUGGGUCAAGUUCUUCAGGAGACCAGGAGGCAAUCUUGCCAGGUCUUACCAGCCAGGAUCUAUGCUGUCCUUGGCCCCUACCAAGGGACUACUAAAUGAGCCGGGACAGAACAGCUGCUUCCUCAACAGUGCAGUGCAGGUUCUUUGGCAGCUCGAUAUCUUCAGACGGAGCCUUCGUCAGCUGCCAAACCACUACUGCUUGGGUGACUCCUGCAUCUUUUGCGCUUUGAAGGGAAUAUUCUGUCAGUUCCAGCACAGCCGAGAGCGAGCGUUACCCUCAGAUAACCUGCGUAAUGCCCUUGCCGAAACCUUUAAGGAUGAGCAGCGCUUUCAGUUAGGCUUCAUGGAUGAUGCUGCUGAGUGCUUCGAGAACAUUCUAGAAAGGAUUCACCUGCACAUCGCACCUGAUGCAGAGACCGACGCCUGCACAUCCAAGUCCUGUAUCACUCAUCAGAAAUUUGCUAUGGCACUUUAUGAACAGUCAGUGUGUAGGAGCUGUGGCGCGUCGUCCGAUCCUCUACCCUUCACUGAGCUUGUGCACUAUGUGUCCACCACAGCCCUCUGCCAGCAAAUGUUGGAGAGGAGAGAUGAAAGGUUUGGGGAGUUGCUUCAAGCCGCCAGCACAGUCGGAGAUCUGCGUAACUGUCCGAGUAACUGUGGGCAGAAAAUCAAGAUCCGGCGCGUGCUGAUGAACUCUCCAGAAAUCGUGACCAUCGGAUUUGUGUGGGACUCAGAACAGUCAGACCUCACAGAAGAUGUCAUCCGAUCUCUCGGACCACACCUCAACCUCUCAGGGCUCUUUUAUCGUGUCACAGACGAGCGUGCGAAGAAGAGCGAGCUGCUGUUGGUGGGAAUGAUCUGUUACUCCAGCAGACAUUACUGUGCCUUUGCUUACCACACCAAAUCAUCCAAAUGGGUUUUCUUUGAUGAUGCCAAUGUCAAAGAGGUGGGAUCCAGAUGGAAAGAUGUGGUCACUAAAUGCAUCAAAGGUCACUUCCAGCCUUUGCUUUUGUUUUACUCUAACCCUGACGGCAGUGCUGUGGUAACAGACGAGGCCCAGCGGACCAACAACAGUACCACCCAAAAUAAAAGCGCUGUCAAUGGAGAAGCACCAGGUACUCCUAUACUGGGUGGAAAAAAGUUGGAGUUGACGCGAGAGAACUUGACUGCUUUCUUCUCAAAUCAUGGUACUUUGAAGCAGAAGUCUCAGCCUCCCUCUGUGUUCAGUCGUGGCAGUAACCAGACCAGCGGCGGCAGAGGGCCAGUGAAGAUAAAUUUUGAUCCAAAGAGUCGAUUCAGAGAGAUUUUGCGGGAGCUUCCGAAGGAAGGCCGUCCCAUCAACCUUAUUAAGAAGGACUCGGAUCGGUCACAGACGAGACCAGAAACACUGAGGCACCGGGACGCCCCGGAGAAGCCUCAUUCCCGCUCGCUGUCACCUCCGGAGAAUGGCUUUAAGCAUAUGGAGUCGCGGUUCUACAGCAGCCAGGGCAGGGGUCCAACGAAAGCCGAGCGCUGGCCCGUUACCAACACCCACUACAACCAUGAGCCCCGCUCUCAGUCUCAGCCCCGCGUCCCGCUUCAUCCCCCUGUAGAGAACCGCUCUCGGAGGCCUGAUGUGGCCAACGGCUACGAUACGGACAGCAGUCAGGACUCUCGGACGUACGGAAACUCUCGCAGUCGGCCCAAUCGGGCGUGGAGGCCAAUGCGAGAGGCGCUUAACGUCGACAGCGUAAUAAACACUGAUAAUAAUCAAAACUACCCCAUCUCUCGCAGACAGAACUUUAUUCAGGACGGCGAAGAGCCGGCGUGGGCUCGACGCGAGGAGCGUAAACCCAAGAGUUUAAUGACGAUUUACGAGGACGAGCAGCGGCAGGACAUGGGCAGCAGGAGCUCACUGGAGUCAGAGGGUCGUGGACCAGCGGAGCAGGACAGGGUUAAAUCAAGUGUCAAUAACCUCACCAUUCGGACUGAUAACUGGAAAAUCCAGCGCACUGAAUCUGGAUACGAGAGCAGUGAUCGUCUCAGCAACAGCUCAGCUAAUCUGGACUCUCCUGUGGUGGAGAACUUGAGCAACAAAGAAAUGCAAUCCAUACCAGAACCAAACCUCUCCAGGGAGCCUAACUACCUAAGGAGGUAUGAGGAUUCAAAGACCGAGAUCCCACCUUCGUCCAUUAUCUACAGUGACCACCAAAAGAAAGCACAUGAUCAUUCUAUGAGUCCUCUCAUUCCAAGAAGGCAAGCUUUUCGAUACAACCCUGCUAAAGAAAGAAUGGAAAAGACUGAGGUAGACCGAGCACACGUGGUAAACGGGAAUCCCACCUCUCCUUAUUUCACCAAGACCAGCAGUUCGGAGUGGAACAGCUCCGACGAUCUCGCCGGUCCAUUUUCCGAGCAGGAGGAUUCAUCAUCACACGCUGACGUUCCUCCUCAGGUUCCCUCUCGGACUCGAUCUCACGGCGUGGCUCCGCCACUGCCUCCCAAACCGCUCGGUCUGAGUCCACACAGCCCUCAACGUCUUCCUCGAAACGGAUCGGCCCUGUCCCAAACCGCCCUGCAGAAGUGGUUGGAAAACUCGUCUGAAUCUCACAUGGUCUCGUCGGACACGAGCUCCAAGUCUGGCUCCUCUGAUCAGGAUAGGAACGAUCUGUCGGCGAGUGAGGGUGAGGAGAAGUUCUCCAGCUGUCCUAAACCGGUGGUGGGCUCUCCCGUCUUUCCCAGCACGUACUUCACCGUGGACGGCUGCAUGACGGACACGUACCGUGCCAAGUAUCAUAAAAAGAGGCCUGCUCUGAAUGUGAUGGCAGACUCUAGAGCCGGAGAUCACACCUCGUCUGGUGAAAGCGAUUAUGGGGAAAGACUCUCACCGGCUCCUUCAGAAACACAGGCACCGCAGCACACCAGAGCCACGCCUCUGCCAGUUCACGUUUCCAGUAAUAAACCCACUGCUAAAUGGAAUCCAGUGACAGUGAAAGGACUGGAUGAACACGGCUUUCUCUGACAGCAGAUCUCGCACGUUCACAGCGCUCUGCACCAGUGAACGUUCAACGGCCUUCUCCUGAAGAUGUGUUUGUGUAGUACGCACUCAAAUGCAGCGUGUGGCAGUAUCAGACAUUACAUUUGCACAUUUUCAAGCCAAAAGAGAACAAUAUUACAUAACUUAAAAUUCCAAAACACACUCCACAGGCUUAAGUACGUUUAAUGUAAGUAACUUCAGACUAACAAAACUAACAAAACUGAAAAAAUACAAAUGACAGUUUGCCCUAAAAUACAACCUAUAUAUGGUUAAAGUGCUUUAGUUGGUUUGGAGGGAUGCGUUUCUGUUCACUGCUUCUGAUUUUCUCUGAAAUAGCUUAAUGUUUUGAUUGUUUUGUGGAGGGAGAGGAGCUGUUAAGAGUUUUGAUUGUAUUUUCAGAAGGUGAAGCUGCUAAAAGUGAAACCGUUCCUGUGUUUAAUAAGAUCUGUUUUUGAAAAGCAAGAUUGAGCUGAAUGUCUGAUGGCCUUUUUUGUUGGUUUAGGUGUGUGAUAUCUCUUAUUUUAUUAUUUACUCCCCGAUCAAUAAUUAAAAAGGGCCGCUUUAAAUAUUUUUUUUACCCUUUUAUCAUGUUGAGAGCUUAGUUUUUGGACCAAUGUGCACAGAAGUUAUGGAGAAGACACUGGAGAUUAAAUUGGUUAUUUGUAUGUAAAAAGUGGAAUUUGACUUUAUUUGGGCACAUCUAAAUAUGUUUUCUUUUCAUGUUUGGAACAAAACAAGUUGUACAUUUUGUCUUGUGUGAUAAUGUUUUGUAAACUGCUAGGCAGAACACUGAAGAGUGCCUUAUUUUGUGUGUAAAGAUGGGAUAAAGGUAUUUUUAUCUGUAAAAUGGUAACUUUUUCAAUUUUUUUGUAAUAUUCUAGUUCAUUUUGGUUAAGAACUUUUAAUAAACUGAUUUAUUUAAGCAUAA